CUUGUACCCAUGGCACUGUGCGAAUUUAACCAGCGUCGUUGAAAAAUCAUAUUAGGAGUCGGCUGUUCACUUUCUCUGGCAAUUCCCAACUAGGGGCGACCAUUGUGGAUGCCUUAGACACCCUCUACAUCAUGGGUCUACACGAGGAGUUCAAGGACGGCCAGGAGUGGAUCGAACAGAAUCUGGACUUUGGCGUGAAUGCUGAGGUGUCUGUGUUUGAGGUCAACAUUCGUUUCAUAGGAGGACUGCUGGCCGCCUACUACCUCUCUGGACAGGAAGUAUUCAAGCUGAAGGCGGUCCAGCUAGCCGAGAAGCUACUUCCUGCCUUUAACACCCCCACAGGAAUCCCUUGGGCCAUGGUCAACCUUAAGAGUGGUGUUGGUCGUAACUGGGGUUGGGCGUCGGCGGGCAGCAGCAUCCUGGCUGAGUUUGGGACUCUCCACAUGGAGUUUGUUCACGUCACCUACCUGACAGGGAACCCUGCGUACUACCAGAAGGUGAUGCACAUCCGGAAGCUACUAGCCAAAAUGGACAGACCCAACGGGCUCUACCCAAACUACCUGAAUCCUCGCACUGGCCGCUGGGGCCAACAUCACACCUCAGUUGGAGGAUUAGGGGAUAGUUUCUACGAGUACCUGCUGAAGGCAUGGCUCAUGUCAGACAAGACUGAUACAGAAGCUCGCAAGACAUAUGAUGAUGCCAUUGAGGCCAUCGAACGCCACCUGAUACGUAAAUCCAACGGCGGUCUGACAUUCAUUGGUGAGUGGAAGAAUGGCCACCUGGAGAGGAAGAUGGGCCACCUGGCCUGCUUCGCUGGCGGCAUGUUUGCGUUGGGCGCUGAUGGCUCGCCUGACGACAAGGCCGGACACUAUCUGCAGCUGGGAGCUGAGAUCGCACACACCUGCCACGAGUCCUACGACAGGACGGUGUUGAAGCUCGGCCCGGAGGCCUUUAAGUUCGACAGCGGCCUGGAGGCGGUGGCUGUACGGCAGAAUGAGAAGUACUACAUCCUGCGACCGGAGGUCAUCGAGACUUACUGGUACAUGUGGAGGUUCACCCACGAUCCCAAAUAUCGGCAGUGGGGCUGGGAGGCAGCACAGGCCAUUGAUAAGUACUGCAGGGUGAGCGGAGGUUUCUCGGGGGUGAAGGAUGUCUACUCCUCCAACCCGACCUACGACGACGUGCAGCAGAGCUUCUUCCUGGCCGAGACGCUCAAGUAUCUGUACCUGUUGUUCUCCAGCGACGACCUGAUGCCGUUGGAGAGUUGGGUCUUUAACACGGAGGCUCACCCACUUCCUGUCCUCCACCUGGGCAACAUCACCCUGCCUGGCAGCGAGCCGGCUCAGCGGUAGACAGACAAAGCCCUCUUCCAUCACUGCAGCACCAGGGGGCGCCACCUGUCUGCCCGCCUGCCUGCCUGCCCGCCCACCAUCACUGGACAAACUUACAUUCAGCUCUACAGACUUUCAACUGCUUUUGGACUGCAGACAUCAACCAGAGGACACGAGGAGAGAGCCUCCCGCACAGACCACUGCAGCGUGGGGAGGACUCAGUCUCCCUCUCUUCUUCUACGUUUUACUCUUUGACUCUGUGUUAUUCUCUCUGUCUUCUCUGCUUAAAUCAGAAAGAUGGUGGGUUUGCUGCUCAGCCUCACGACUGGCUUGAAUCGACUCUUUUCUCUGAAGAACCGAGCUCCAAAAACGGAGGCUUGAUUUCGCUGUUCUUUUUUUUUUUUUGGUUAUUAUUUUUAGUGUUAAUUUGAGAUUUGACCAAACUGUCCUCCCAUACAGACUCAAGCUGAGGCUCUGAGCAUGCAUAUGGGAUUUUGUGAAGGAUCACACAGUCUGUUUGACACUAAACUGAUGAACGUGUCACUUUUCCAGGCAGACAAACUUGAGGACUUUACAGGGUCUGUUGAUAAGGUGUGUUUUUUUUUUUUUUUUUUUUUUGUUUUUUUGGACAAAUCGUUAAUGGGGACACAGGGUUGAAUCAAAGCUCUUCGCUUCUCUCUGACCCAACCCCUCCCCACUCCACUUCCUGUUUAAUCUCCAUCAGACGAACUUUGACCUGGAACUGUCGCAUCAUCAAUGCGAGGGCCGGUUGUGGCAACAGUUCCCCACCUCCUCCCUCUAAUCCUCCUUUUUCAGAAAAGUGGACCAUUGUGAGUGGAACAGUAACUACAGGCGGACAGCAGCAGGCCUCCCCAUCUUCACCACUCCCCACCUCCACAUCUUUCCAGUUUCUCUCUCCAGUUAGAGACGUCACAGGGCCACUAUCUUCCCCCCUAAAACAUUCUGCUGCUACUCGUUUGGAUGCUGCUUUUUUUAUCUCGAACCUUUUAUUCUGAUCACACCAUUACAUCACAGCGUUUCUCUCCAGCUUCAUCAACCCUUCUUUUUCCACCUUUUCACAAAUCACUCCAAAUCAUGUUCAUAUCAUACAUUUUGAGAUGAGGCUAGAACCCAACCAUGCUUAUGUAUGAGAGUGUGUGUGUGUGGCGGUUAAAAUACCUCUGCAGUAAAUCACUUAUUUGGGCGCUUUGAAGAGGAGAUAGCGCUGAAAGAGCUAAAUAAAUGAGAACCCUCCUGCUGAGCUCCCAUGCCACAUUUUCUCAGUUCAACCCCAUAUCACCAGUUGGACCACCUAACCUGCAAAUUGCAUGUUCUCAAAAGUUCUCCAUCAUUUGUCUUUACCACUCCCCCCACAAUCCCACUGUCUUAUUUUCUUAAAUUUUUCAUACCUUCUCCUCUCUCCUCCAUUUUUACUGCUACCUCUCCGGUCCAUAAUAAAAAAGUCCAAAAACCUGGAGCCCUUCGUUCUCAGGGUUCCCAAAUGACUCUGAAAAGUAUGAAACCAUAAUUUCAUAAUGUCCCUGUUUUGUAUAAUCUCACAAAAUCUCCAUUGCUUUUGGAAUCAUAAUAAUCAUACUGUACAGAUUGAUUAGACCCUGUUCAUCAUGUGCUACUGCCAAAUGGCAACACCAUAUCAUCAAACAUCCAUUUCAACAUCAGAAAUUCUGAAAUAGAGCAAAUCAAGGACUUGUUUGGCUGGUUUGUGUACAAUUUCAAAUGCACAUCCUUUGCAGAGUCGCUAUAAUUUCUCCUCUCUGUAAAGGUCUCAGAAGAUUCCACUCACUCCUUAUGGUCCAAUUUAUCAAGAGCUUGGCCUUGUUGAGAGAGGUCAGACCCCGCCACACACCACGCUAUCUGCUCAGUUACCAGCUUGCUUCUGCCUGCAGUUAUCCCUCCAGACUCAACUCUCUCUGUUACUGCCGAAACAGCUUGAGGGAUUUACUGCUCUGUUUGCUCAGAUAAUAGAUAAUACAGUCUAUUAAAAAAAAUAAUACGUCAGCAAACAACCAAAACAGCUCGACUCUGAAACAGGCCUCUGUGGUGACCUACUGUAUCAAGCAGCUACUUUAAGACUCUGUGAAAGACGCUGGACAAUAUUUUUAUGCUAAAAUCUACACAGACUCAUAGCCCAAAGUGGGGAUAUAUACCAACCCAAACACAAACCUCAACACAUAUCAUUAAAUCCCCUAGAAUAAGGGAGUAUUUUGCGUGUGUUUGCAGUGUACAAGAGUCAGAUCUGCUGUUAUUUGUGCUUGAUGUUAAAUUUGAAAUGAAAUUUUGCAUUCAGAUUUCUUUAAAGUGAAUAUUAAUGAUGCAGAUUUCACACGUGACAACCAUUUUUAGAAGCUGUACGGAUGUGCUCUUUCAAAAUAUGUUUUGAUAGUACAGCUUCAGAUGGCACAUUGAAAUGACAAGUGCAACCGUGACCUUCUCUGUGAGUCACGUUAAGUUCUGUAGCUGAACGGCAAGAAAUACAAACCAGCAGGGAGACGAGAUGUUGGGGGGAAAACAAAUAAUACGUUAAUGAAAGCAACCAGCGUACAGAUGGUUUCAGGAGAACACAGCAGUAGUGAGUCAGGCCACAGGAGUCCUGUUGAGUCUAAAUAAUCCAAUAUUACAGCAAAAAUUUAUUUUUAGAAGCCAACUUUCAUCAGCCAAAGGCUUUAAUUAUUUUUUUUGAGUCUGUCUGGUCCAUUCUCCAUGUUGGAAGGGAUUCAACCAUGAUUUUUUCGUUCUUAAGACAAAAGGUCAAUUAGUUUAUAAAAAUACAGACAGUAGGCUUAAUGAUGGGCUCAGCAAACUUGUGCUAUGACUGUGUGUGUGACAGAGAGAGUGAGAGAGUUAGUGUGUUUCAUAUGUUCUGAUUUUCUGUGAGCUCAUUAAUAAGCCUGUUGGCUACCAGUUUGUGUGACACGAAUCUGCCAUUUGUCCAAACCCUUUGUAUCAAUAGACUGGUUUAGGUAAGAGAGGAAACAGAGCAGGUUUCACUACUGGAGAUGAUGCUUCUGCAGGCGUUCAAGCUGACAAGUAGGACUAAACCAGGAAGAUUUAUUUCCUUGUGUUGUGUUUGUUUCUGACUGACUGAUUCUUUUCAAGCCUUAUUGUCAAAUGCGACACCUUGGCCAAUACUGUGCUCUUUCACGUUCUUUGCUUUGUGUUUUGUAAUUCGUCUUCAUGAUAUAAAUUCCCUCUUAUUGUUUUUGUCUGCACAAACAUUGUCUGUCCUCUGACACGCACAUAGAUGCAGAACUGUGAUGGAGGAAAAGCAAAGCUGACAGCGGACUUGACACUAUGCUACAUUUUGUUUACUGCCCAACCACAUUGACUAAAGGUUCUCUAAAAAUGUAUCAAUAUGCUGACCUACUAAUAUCUGACUGUAUCUCCACGUGCCCUCCUGAGAAAACACAGAAAAUGAAUUUUUUAACAGAAACUGAAUUUGCUGUUGUUUGCCCGUUCUACAGGAGGUCAGCUGCUCAUCUAUCAAUGAAGCCAUACUGUGUAUGUAGUUUGAAACAGUACUGCUGAAACAACAGUUUCUAUUCAGUUUUUAGCUGUAGGUGAUGAUUAGCUUCCCUGACUGUAGAAAUGGAAAUAGGCAGCAGGGACUAAAUGGAGUGAUUAGAGACAUUUGAAGCCAUAGUUGUUGGCAACAAUGCUCUUUACCUUUGCCUCAAAUUGCUGCUAAUCUCAAGUGAGUACAAAAUGUUGACAGGCUAACACAAAGACAUAGUAAAUGCUUUAAAGGAUAAGGUUGGAGAUAUUCUAUUUAUUGUCAACAAAUCCUAUGGAAAGACCAAAAAACAAUGAGUUGAUCCCAAUAGCCUGAUAAUAAGCCUGAUCUAUGUCAUUGUACACAGCUUCACUGUUGUCCAAAAAUUCUUAAAAAUAAAUGAGCUGCAUCAUCCAUUACCACGAACAUACACAAGCUUAUUUUGACUAAAUCCCACAUACACCAUCCUGCUCACUAGAGCACCAAAUGUGUAUUAAUCUGCAUCUGAAAAUAGUCCCCAACAAAAGCACUAUUUCUGCCCGUUUGAGGAGCGUUUGUUGGUUUUGGUCUUAUCAUGGAAUUGAAUGACAAUAAUACGGAUAAAAAUAAGAAAUAUAAAUCUCUAAAAUAAUCUGCCUUAUACUUUUAACAUCUUUGGAAACUGUAAUUUCCUGAUUUCAUAAAUAUAUAGGUUCUGAUUUGUGAAAACAGUGUAGCUAGCAGACAUUUUAGAAAUAUCUCUUACUAUCAAAUGUUGGUUGGGUUUAAGAGAGCAAAUUGGCUUUGACCAAACUUCUGGCUAAUGUUCAGGUCAAUGUUGGGCUGAUUUAAUCAAGCCGCCUUUUUUUUUUUUUUUUAUAAAUGAAACAAAGUUUUUGGUUUAAAGUUUAGGGGAAACUCUCUCAACACUCUGCAGCGUCAAUCCGUGUACAUAAGAGAUAUUUCUCUGGCCAGUCCCCCAUUCAACUCAUUUUAUCCCCUCCAUCAGCCAUCCAGUAUUAUUUCCACCUCUCUUUCAUCUGAACUCUGGUGCCGGUCAACCUCAACAGUCCCUUACAUUACAGUCUUGGCUCUCAGCCUCUAUCCCCCAGUCUCUGACAUCACCCUGACAUCAUGCUUACGUCAUCACCACCAAUAUCUGUUAGGGAGGAAGCCCAGGCGAAAACUGGGUGGCCAUCGCUGGGAGCGACGUUGAUUUUGAAAAUUGAGUGUUCUGUAUUUGUAUUUUUACUGAACUAAAAAAUAAAUAAAAUGAAAGUAUCUGUAAAUAUGUUUAAAAUUGAGACACAAAUUCAAUAAAGAUGUUAUGAAAAGUGA